AUGCAGGCAGAUGAAUGCAUACUGUUCUUUGCCAUUCUGGCCCCUCCUACAUUCUCCCCUGCAUCUGCAAGCCAACUGCCUGAGCCCGCCAUACACCUUAUCAAGAUGAGCAAUCUGUCACCCAUGCCACUGACUGAUCAGAUUGCAGGAGUCUUGGAGCUCAUGUUUCGCCAGAAGCUCUAUCUGACCACUCAUGCAGCCCAUUCUGCGCCAUCCAUAGAAGUGCCUCCGUCCAUGCCAUCCGCCCUCCUAUUGGAGUGCAAUGGCAUUGCAGAUGCUCUUGUGAAGGCCAUACGUAAUCCUGGGCAGAAUGAAGUCCUCAAGGCAGAACUGGAACGGAAGUGGCCUCCUCCAUUUGGUGAGAGCGAAAUACGCAUAGACCAGCCUGCCACCCUCGUGGACAUGCAUGGACGCAUCUUGGCUUGGAUACUUCCAAGAGUGUUGAUACCAGACCGCCAGAUGAAGAUGCUCCAAGCGACCAGGGCCCUACACCCAGCAAUAGCAGCCAGUAAGCCUUCCAGCACCACUGCCAGUUGGCGACACAACCCCUUGUACUUCUUGCCUCCUGAGAAGUGUGCCCAAUUCCCAGUGGGCUCCUUGUGUCUCUCGCCAGGUUGGUUCCAACAAGUAAGAGAGCAUAUGGAGUCUGGGAGGCUGGAGACCUCCACCAGCCUGAAGCUUGAGGGCGGAAGAAGUUGGCUACAUGAUAUUUAUGACUCCUCCGCAUUGUUGGGCGCCAUCCUGGUCAUCGUUCACCCAACGCUAUAUGCCACAGGAUGCCAGUGCUUGGGUUUGAUCCAGCAAGACCCAGAAUUGCGAGAGAUGGUGCUGAACUGGUCAUCGCCAUUCAAUGCACUCCAGGUGAUCGCCAACUGGGAAACUCCUUUCCACCGAGAUAGCAAGACAAGAUACACAUUCUACAACCUGUUGGCGACUUUGGGCAACUACACUUGCGCGUGGUUAAACUUCCCCACCAUGCAUGUCGCCAUCGAUUAUAGUCCUGGAACCAUUGUAGCCUUCUGUGGGAAGGCGAUUCAUCAUGGUGUCACUCGAGCAGAUGGCGAAAGGCUCGUCUAUGCAUACUUCAUACACAACAAAAGUAGGCUCGUUGUAGACCUGAAUGACGAGGUCGAGUUUGUGACCAAGGUAGCUAAGCAGACCACUAGGGGAGUACACUAUGUGGACGUACCUUUGCCCAUGCCCACGGGUUUAAAUGCGCCAUCACCUUCCAAAAGUCCAUCGAAGGCUCCAGCUUCAGGCUCCUUGUUUAACUUGGAUGAUGGUGACAUCCUGGGCAACAUAGGUGUACCGAUUCAGCUGGAUCCGGCAGCUCAGAAGACAAAGACCCAGAAUGACUUCAUGAGGGACUGGAUACCCCACCGUGAUGACUAUCUUCAUGCCAUUGUCGAGAUGGAAGCCCCACCUGAGCCCAGAAACUGUGCGGAAUGCAAGUGUGCUCCUUUCCAUCAGAUAGAGCAUUGGCAGGGUCAGUAUUUUGAGCCGGCAUCACUGUAUCGGGUCAGCAUCUGCAUCCAUUUGGGGCAUGGUGGAGAUCCCUGCCCUCUGGGCACCUUCACAGCACAUAACAACCCUGCGCUGGUGGUGGCCCCAGGGUCCGAUUUCUGGAAUGCCUCCAAUGAAGACCUAAAUGCACAUGAUGGCGAGGUCCCAGAUGAUGGUGAGGUCCCAUUCGACUUUGCACCUCUGGCAGGCACCCUUGAUGGUGAAGCAAGGCAAACCGAUGAUGCUCCCGAUCCCACUUGGGAGGAAGAUGUGCCACCGGUGCUCUCCUGGCCACCUCGCUGUGAUAGUUAUGGGAAUCAGAUCAUGGUCAUUAUCGACAUCUCUGGCAUUCACCAUAUCGGUGUUGACUGGUGCCAGUGUGAGAUGGCGGUGGAGCGUGACAUGCAGCUUCUUCAAAUGGGACUUUACCCUGGUACCGUCAAGGAUCCCCAUACCGCCUUCACAUUCGUCGUCCUCGACGAUUUCCUUCUGGAGAACAAAGAGUGCAAGACGGCGGCAUUGAACUACUACAGCAAACUCAAAUGGGUCACGAGCAAUGCCUUCCCUGACACCGUUCCCAUAAGUGUUCACAUGCAUUCCCAUGGCCCAACCAUUCAUGCCAGUUCCUUGCCAGGACCGUUAUCCUUCUCACACGAUGCCCUCCAUCCUGUGGAGAAGGGUGGCCUCGCCAUCUUUUGUCCUGCCUGUCCCCAGCCUGGGCUCAACCUGCCUUUCGAUUGGCAAGCAGAUCCAGUGCAGUGGAAGUUCAAACACGGCUUCAUCAUGGAUGGCAAUUUCAGUGCAGAGCACAUAAAGAUGAAGCACCCCAAGGAGGAUGUCACCCUCAGUGACGGCCAGGCAUUCAUGGUCGGCCAAGAGGAUUACAAGGCUCAUCUGGCGGUGGCCAUGGAGUCGCAUCAGCGCUCCACUUGUCACGAGCACCGCACUGUCAAUCAGGCCAAUGUGGAUCGUGCCAACCUCAAUGCCACAGGAAUUGGGGCCACUGCUUGCGCCAGACAUGGUUUCUUCAUCCCUCAUACUGUCGUCGAUUUCCAGAAGGGAGAAAGACAAAUGAAUAUGGAUUACUCUCUCAGCAAUACGCUCCUGACCCUCACCGGUAUCACCCUCGUCCUCAUCAUGUAUGACAUCAUGUGCCAGUAUGGCGUCCAUGUCCGCAAACAUUUCCGCCACAGCGCCUAUCUGAGGAUGCCCUUCGAGCUUAAGAUAGACCAAGGCAUCGGCUUGUUUCAUGUGCAUGGACACCAAGAUUGCUGCUUCCAACGGUUCUCGCCCAACUUUAUAGUUGGCGCUGGUAUGGUCGAUGGCGAGGUCAUCGAGACCCUGUGGGCACCAACAAAUGAGGUCUCAGGCAGUACCAGGGGCAUGACCCGAGCUCACUGCCAAGAAGUCCUUGACAAUCACAUGAAUGACUCCAACUGGAAGAAGACAACUCGCAUGAUGCCAACCUUGAUGACAAAGUGGAAACGCGUGGUCCUGGGCUUCCCACAAAGCAAGGAGUCCUUUGAAGCUUUAUCUGCAUCCACAGAUGAGGAGGUCCUUGAGGCAUGGCAGAAGGAGUACAAUGACACUAUGGAGGCUCGCCAAAGUGAUCCGAAGAUUAUGGACACCUUUGAUGUCCAGCUCAGGAAGGCCCCGGGUAAAGACCUCACCCAACUCAGACUGGCGGGUGAGGAGUCCACCAAGGGCUUGGAGAAGGGCACUGCCGGAUGGUUGUCGACUGGCCUCAAAAUUCAAGAAGCACAGCUUAAGCUUGCAAAUGAUAUCCGCAAGGCGGGUCAAAAUCCGAGCGUGGCAGAGGACCUCAAGACUCUUGAGCACCGUCAGCGCCUCGAAGUCAGCAUUCUCACAUUCCAACGUCACUCUGAGAAGUUCAUGAGAAGAUUGGAGGACGUUUCAGCCAUGGAAGAUCAUGACAAUGGUGCGCUCUGGGAUUCCUUGGAUGAGAAUCCUUUUCAAAUACACCCGGAGGACGCUGAGUAUGGCGAGGAUGUGAUUCCACCCGAGCAAGCUUCCUUGAAUUUACCUUCGCAGAUCAGAUUUGUGGCCGCCGUCACCAAUGGGCUCCAGACCCUGGCGGCCCAAGAGUUGGAGUUACGCAAAGGCCUGAUGAAUGACAUCCUCCACGAGCUUCCCAUGGCUUUUGGACUGAAGUCUUACCUCUACUGCAAGAGGUCUUCAACAUCAGAUGCGCGCCCCUGCCUGUUCUCCAGAGGGAGGUUGCAGUUGGAAGUCUACACUUGGAGGAUCCAAGAAGCUGUUCUGGCACUGGAGCCUGACCCAGAUCACUUCACCAAGGUCCGUUGGGAGGAAGGCUUGCACCGGGAGAUGUUCACCAUCAGGGGUAUCUGUGGCGACCUCGCAUUGGCGGGUCAUGCUGACCAUAUUGACCAUGGUGGAGUUAUCGCCAGUAUCCUCAGCAUCUGCACUUUUAAUCGCGAAGUUCUGCGCCCCAUCAGCAUUGACAUCAAGGCGAUUCCACACCCCACCACCCUCGUUCCUCGUCCUAAGAACCUCCUUGAGGACUCACCCGACUACUGGUGGAAAUGGGAUCAUCAGGUUGGGCCAGUGGGGAGCCCUAUGGAGGCCUGGUGGUACAAACUUGGUGAUCCCUGGGAGAAGGUGUACACCGUCUCUGAGUCUACACUGGUGCAGCUUGAACAGCUGCAUGUUCGCAUCGUGAACCUCACUAGUUGGUUGCAUGAGAGGACAGAUCAGAAGGCAGUGGACCAAUCACUGAAAAAUAUGCCCAUGGCGGUGGACUGA